AUGGCGUUUAAAUGGGGAUUUCUGUUAACUGUGUAGUAAGACUAGGACCACCAUGUUGAACCGACAGAAUAUAAAUGAUCUCCCGUCUAUAUACCGAUCAGUCUCCCAGUUUGCAUUUUGUAAAAUAGCAUCAUACACGAAAAUGAAUCACGCAAUUAGAUCAGUCAGAGCCAAUCCACCAUCUGUGCUCUCAUCGCUAAAAGCUUCAGUAGUAAAAGUUCGGCAGGUGAUUACCCAGUCUAGGCUACCAGAGAACCCAUCAAGCUUGGAUUCUUCUCAGAACCAGAUAAACCCUAAUAAUCCGCAAGAGAAAACUGGGGACGUGAUGUCUCAUUCAUUUGGAGAGGGAUAUGCCACAAGGUCUGAUGAAGACGGCUUCGGUGGCAUCUAUGGAGGCAAUCAAUCCGUUCCUAAAAUCGAAAUAGAUAAAGAGAUUCAUGAAAAUCACCCAGCUUAUGACAAGACCCAAGGAAGCGACGUGGCAGAGAAGGAAAAGGGUCGGCAUCAGACCGAUGCAUCAAGCUAGAUGGAGAAAUUUUCAUGCAUUGUUACUAGCCACUUUUUCUUUAUCAACGGAAUAAUGGAACAAUAUUCUUUCAAUUAGGAAUAAAAUUCUGUGCUCUUGAUCAAA